CGACAAAAAAGACAACUAAUCACAUUCCAUGUCAUCAGAACAAGCAUAACAGGAAAACUUUAUUUGUAUUAAAAAGGUAUAGUGACGACACUUUUCUUAUAUGCGACGAAACAUGUUCAGUGGAUGAGCUGCUAAGACAUAUAAAUGAUUGCUACCCGUCCAUUAAAUUCACUGUAGAGGUAGAGUUAAAUUCAACGUUCCACUUUCUAGACGUAAUCUUAAAGAGAAGGGAUAAUGACUAGAUUCAGUUUAUCAAAAAGCAACCUGGACUGGACAGUUCACUUUAAUGGUUGGGUACCUCUUAGUUGUAAAAGAAAUUUCAUUCACUCACUGUGUUCCAGAAUCUAUAAAAUCUGUUCAGAAGAUACGGUGGAUGUUGAAAUUGAAACUCUUAGAACAAUACUAUCGAAUAAAGGAUACCCUAAGGGAAUUAUUGAUAAGAAUCUGAAGAAACGAACCACUCCCCAUCCUAUUAGAGUCCCUAAGAAAAUUUUAACCGUGAAACUAGAAUUCAAAGGAGACACCACGGCUGGAGCGCUGAAAAACCGUCUAUCAAGGUCUAUCAAUAGUGACUUUUAUGCUGCUAGACUGAGACUGAUUUUCUCCAGUCGCCGUCUGAGUGAAGGAUAACCUACCACUUAUGUCCACGUCUAUGUGUAUCUACAAAUUCACAUGUCCCUGUGGAGCUGACUAUAUUGAACGUUGUGAGUGGGUCCUUCGAAAACAUGUUGCUGAACAUUAUACGAUUUGGCUUACCAAAGGUGUGCGAAGAAAAACAACUUCAUCCACAUGUAAGCACCUAGUAGAAUUCGGUUAUUCAGCACCUCGAGAUUC